AUGCACAAGCCUGACCUCAGACCCCAAAGCCUCGUCCCGGCGUCCAUCUAUCCCUUCACGACCUCCUGGCUCCUCCCGCCCUUCGCCCUCGCCCUCGUGCGUCUCUUGCUCUUCACAUACUGCCUCGCCACAGUCCUGACAAACUGGAUAUACGACGGCGUCCACUCAGCCUCGUACCUCAUCGGCCAGGAAUUCAGCUACUUCACCGUCCUGACGUACUGGGGGAUUCUCUUCUACAGCCUCGUCGCAGGCGUACACACCCUCGUAUAUGCGCUCCGAGGCCGAUCGUGGCUCGAGUCCUGGCCGCGCGCUCUCCAGGCGCUGCAUUCGUUCUUUUACACCACCGUCGUAACGCUGCCGUUCCUCGUGACCAUCGUCUAUUGGGCGGUGUUGUACGAUGGGCCAUGGUUCCCCGUUGUGUUUGACGGUUGGACAAAUAUCUCGCGGCAUGCCCUCAACUCGCUUUUCGCUCUCUGCGAACUCGUUCUGCCUGCAACUCACACUCCGCCUCUCCUUCACCUCGUCGGACUGAUCAUUCUUCUCCUCUUGUACCUCGCCCUCGCAUACCUUACACAUGCUACCCAGCACUUUUACGUGUACAGCUUUCUUGACCCGUCCACUGGCUCGGGCAAGGUGGCGGGAUAUUGCUUCGGCAUAGCUGCAGGGAUCAUCGUUAUCUUCUUCGUAGUAUGGGCCUUGAUAUGGCUUAGGCAGAGAUACACAGGAGAUGCCAAAAGGAGUAAGAGGGAUAUGUCUAGGCGGGCACCCUUAUAUCGGGAGGUGGAAAUGAGUGCGGACCUAGAACAAGCCAAGUAG